GUACUGUAGGCCCCACAUACUUUUGGAACAUACGCAGGAAAUGCUCAGAAAGUCAGAAAGUGCAAUUUCCGGAACCUUUGGACCUGAAUUGUUAUUGUAGUCAUCUGUUGAGUGAUCAUCAUAAUAGCUAUUUGCGACGUCCUAGUCGUAUUCUGCAUUUGGUUCGGCAUCCACCCGUGCAGCUGUUAGUCGCGUGUGGCGUGUUUCUCGUUUGUCCUCUGUUGGGCGCAACGCGAAGACAAUACUUGACCGAAUCUAAUCUUUGUGCUGGACUUGGAGCCUGAUUUUCAUUACUAGGUCGGGGGGGCGUUUCUAUGCUUCAGAAUGUGGGGCAUUUGCAGCAGAAUGGUAAAGGUGGGGAUGGCGAAACCCUGUGGCUUGGUCAAACCCUGCCACUUGGUGAAGCCAGUUUCAGCAACCCGGAUCACCGGGAGGUACUCGACCCACCAGAAGGGGUUGCCCAAUCUGCCUGUCCCCCCUCUACAGCAGACCCUUGAGCGCUACGUCACAGCCCUGGAGCCCAUCAUGGAGGCGGAAGAGCUGACGCACACGAAGGAACUCGUCGAUGACUUCCAGAAACCUGGAGGGGUUGGAGAAAGACUGCAGAGAGGCCUGGAAAAGAGAGCACACAACACAGAGAACUGGUUGUCAGAUUGGUGGGUGCAGGUCGCUUACCUUAACUACCGUUUGCCUGUGGUGAUCCAUUCAAGUCCAGGGUUGGUUUUGCCUCGAAUGAACUUCAAUGACAAGCAGGGACAAAUAAGGUUUGCUGCUAAGCUGAUUGCAGGUGUUGUGGAUUUCAAGACAAUGAUUGACAAUGAGACCAUACCUGUGGAGUACCUGGGAGGGAAGCCACUGUGUAUGAAUCAGUACUAUGAAGUGCUAUCGUCCUGCCGCAUCCCGGGUGUGAAGAGGGAUGCUGUGGUGAACCAUGCGAGAAGCUCCAGUCCCCCUAAACACAUCACUGUUGUACAUAAUUUUCAGUUUUUCGUGCUGGACGUGUACAACAGCGAUGGGACGCCACUGACAGUUGAACAGCUCUAUGUUCAGCUCGAGCGGAUCUGCAGCGCCUCCCGACAGACUAACACGGAGCCUGUGGGCAUCCUCACCACCCAACAUCGUGACACCUGGGGCAAGACCUAUAUUAACCUCAUUAAGGAUCGAACCAACAAAGAAUCCGUGUUGGCCAUUCAAAGAAGCAUAUUCACUUUGUGUUUGGAUGGGCCGAUGCCUCGAGUGCCAGAGGAUGCGUAUCGCAGCUGUGCGGCAGUGCAGAUGUUGCAUGGAGGAGGGAGUCUGUGGAACAGCGGCAACCGCUGGUUUGACAAGACACUGCAGUUCAUUAUUGGGGAAGAUGGGACAUGUGGUGCCAACUAUGAGCAUGCCCCAGCAGAGGGCCCACCCAUUGUAGCCCUGAUUGACCAUGUUGUGGAAUACACGAGGAAGCAGGAGAUGGUUCAUUCUACCACAGUGCCUUUGCCUAUGCCCAAAAAGAUGCACUUUAACAUCACACCUGAGAUCAAGAGGGACAUUGAAGAGGCCAAACAGAGCAUGAAUGUACUGGCUGAUGACCUGCAUAUGAGGGUUUUUGUGUUCAACCACUUUGGGAAAAAUGUAGCAAAAGCUCACAAGAUGAGCCCUGAUGCAUUUAUACAGGUGGCAUUACAACUGGCUUACUACAGGAUGUAUCAGCAAUGUUGUGCGACAUAUGAAAGCGCCUCCCUGCGUAUGUUUAGACUUGGUCGCACUGAUACAAUCCGAUCAACCUCGAGUGCCUCUGCUGCUUUUGUAAGGUCUUUUGAUGAUCCAGACAGACAGAACACAGAGAAGGUGGAUCUCAUGGAGAAAGCUGUAAAAGCACACAGGUCAUAUACAAACAUGGCAAUCAGUGGUCAAGCCAUUGACCGACAUCUACUGGGUCUGAAGAUGCAGGCUGCUGAAGAAAAGAUCUCAGUUCCUGAUGUCUUCAAAGAUCAGUCCUAUGCCAAAGCUUUAAACUUCCGCUUAUCUACAAGUCAGGUACCAUCCAAGACUGACUGCGUCAUGUGCUUUGGCCCUGUUGUACCUAAUGGAUACGGCGUCUGCUACAAUCCCAUGAACGACCACAUCAACUUUGCGGUAUCAUCUUUCAGUGGGUGUAAAGAAACGAAUGCUGCGGAUCUGGCUCGAGCUGUGGAGAAUGCACUUCUUGACAUGAGGACACUGCUGGAACAGACUCCACGAGCUAAACUGUGACGCCUGCUCUGGAUCGCUUGGUAGAGCAGGUUUAGUGACCACUUGAACGUAAUAGGCCUCAUUUCACGGGUCUUAUUAAAGUACACAUUUUGUAGACAUGUUCUUCAGCAUAUGCUGAACUUAGUCCAUAGCCUUAAAAAUAUCAGUCAGAUCGUUGUUGGUGCUUAAAAAAAAAAUUAAAUUCAGGAAUUUACCUGUAGUUUGGCUGUUAACUCAAUGUGGAAAUGCAGUCAACCAUGGAGUGGUAAACUCAAUUUAGUGAGAUGUUAUAAUGCCUGAAAACAUUAAAUUAAAUAGAAAACCCACUACUUUGUGUCCUAUGCAGAUAAUUUGUGCUCUCGUGGUCAAAUUUGUUGUUUUCCGUUUCCCCACUAAGGUAGAAUAUUUUAUUGUCCUUGCCUGUUUUAAGACUGUGCCUUCACUUUCGUUGUCACUUGACAAUGUGGCUUAUGUGCCAUGGAUUUUUACUUUGAAUGGUCAGCUAGCAUUUUUUAUGUACAAGAUGGGAGGUGUCGUGCAUUGAAUACAAUUGUGUGUUUCUUUGACAAAUUGUAUGAUCAAGAGUUCAACUCAAAUAAAAUAUUUAAUGACCAUUUUCUAUUGUUUUGAAGGAACUUGGUUAGGUAUGCAUGUAUGUAAGUAUUUGUAUAGUAUGGU